AUGGGGCUGAAGGAUCCACGGACCUGUCGGAUCUUCUUCUCGUCACCGUUUGGUGGCAUGGAGGGAGAGCGGGAAGAAUUGACCAGGAAAUACUUCCCUCAACUUCACCAUCUCUGUAACUCCAAAGGAAUACAGUUUGUGGCCGUUGACAUGAGAUGGGGAAUCACUGCGGAGGCCUCCUCCAACGCCCAGGUCAUCAAGAUAUGUCUGCGAGAACUUGACCGCUCAGAUCUCUUUGUGGGCUUCUUUGGUCAGAGGUAUGGGUGGCAUGGCAAGAAUGAUGAGCUGCUGCAGAAGACAUUCGACGAGGCAAUUGAGAAAUAUCCUUUCUUGGAAAAGUGGCGAGACAAAAGCGUAACUGAACUGGAAUUCCUACAUGGUCAUUUGAACGCUCCAGGGCAAAUGCCAGCCGUGAUCUGCUUCAGGGACAAGGCCUUUGAUGACAUGAGGAGAGAAGAAGGCAUUCAGACAGGAAACAAAAGCCUCGUAUACAAAUACUCGGCUGAAGAAGGUUCAAGACCAUUAAUGGACGACUUGAAGACACGAGUCAAAGCCACGGAAAGGCAGACACUUGGCGUGAACAUGGCGUACAGUACACCUGAAGAGGGGGUCAAAUUUAUGUUCGACGCUAUUUGGAAACACUUAACAGAGGUAACGUUUAAAGAUAUGUCUAACCAGCAACUGACGAGGCGGGAAAAUGAACUCCUCCAGCACACAGCAUUCUUAAAGAACCGAUCAGGGUUGUAUGUAGGCGGAGACAACUACCUCGCCAUACUGAAUCGGAGCUCAGAGACAACAGAAGGCAAACCGGUGUUUGUGAAGGGAAUAAAAGGCAGCGGGAAGUCUGCAUUGUUAUCUACAUGGAUAAAAGCACUCCAAGAGAACAACACAGAGAUUCUCAUUGGGUACCAUUUUGUAGGAUUUGCUGAGGGCAGUACAGGUAUUCCUAACAUAUUAAGAAGGUUGCAUGAAGAUCUAGGAUGUCAGUUGGGAAGUCAUGCAGACUCGGAUCAAACGAAGGACAAAUUUGACCAGUCCGAUUUGAUGGAAACAAUUCACCACUGGGCGAGGAAACUGAAACUGACGUUACAAAAAAUAUCUUCUGUUGGCAAGAAGGCUGUUAUUGUUAUUGACGGAUUGAACAUGGUCGAUAGUCCGGGAAAAGUGGGCAAGCACCUCUUCUGGCUGCCAGACAGUUUACCUAAAGGGACUCAUCUGGUGGUGUCCAGUGUAUCUUCAGAUGAGAAGACGAUCAGAGAACUGGUGGAAAGACGCGGUUUCUCAGUUGUGGAGAUCACACCACUUCUUCCCGAGGAUCAAGCCACGUUUUGUAAGAAAUCUUUGAUGGCGUCUGGCAAAGAAUUGUCCCCUGAUCAGCUGGCCCGGGUAGUUGUUGCUCAAAACACCCACAAUCCACUCUUCCUAACAAUUGUCAUGGAGGAAUUGUGUGUCUUUGGUUACUUCCGCAAUUUAGACAAGAAAAUCGACUCCCUAAUUAACUCCGAAAGCGUUGAGGAACUCUUUCUGCAAUACCUUGAGCGAUUGGAAGUGGACUACAAUGUGAACGAAUACCCAGGGAAUGUUGUUGAAAAGGUGAUGUGCAGCUUGGCCCUGUCUCACCAAGGCCUUACUGAGAACGAGCUGAUAGAGAUGCACUGUAUCCCCAGCUAUGUCUGGUCACCACUCCACUUUGCCCUGGGCAAAUACCUCGUGGAUAGAUCAGGAGUGUACGGGUUUGCAUUUAAUGAAUUAAGAUCAGCCGUCGUGAGGAAGUAUAUGGAUUCGCCGGACACAAAACACAAACAUUGCAAAGAGAUGAUCACAUUCUUUCAAAACCAGUUGAAGAAUGCUCUAAAUAUCUCAUUCUCCGACAAAGCACAGAACGUUCGCCCAUGUUUUGAGCUUCCAUGGUUGUAUAUUGAGAUAGGAGACAAGCUUGGACUUGCAACGGUGUUAUCUCAUUUACUUGUGUUCAAUAUCCUGUACAGCGACGAUGUCUACCAGUUGUUGGAAUUAUGGAAACAAACAGGUCUAAAUGGGAAAGAAAUAGCCAAACGUUGCAUCCGGUCCUUUAACGCUCUUUUGACGAAAGAGUAUUGCGAAAAAAUGGAGGACUUUUUGGACCAAGACAUGUCUGCUCGAAUGAAGUUACUGGAUUUGCUUGAUAAAGUUCGAGAACUCUUAAACCUUGCUCAGAUGAUAGAAGGCGAGGAAAUGAUUCUUCAUAGAGCUAAGGAACUGAUGGAGAAUUUGGAGGGAAAGAUGGACGAAUCAGAAUGGACGGAUAAGUUUAACAGUAUUAAAUACUCGCUGGCAUGUUUAUACUGUGACACGGAACGAUUUGAGGAGGCACAAAGGCUCCACGACGACGUCAUUACUUACAGGCUAAGACUCUUUGAGACGCCGGGUCAUUCACCAAGCUUACAGGAGAUCCGAAACUUGGCUGUUAGUUAUCACGGCGUAGCAGCCACACAUUUGUGUCAGGGAAACUGGGACAAGGCUGAAGAAAUGUUUUACAAAUCCAUCGAAUACGAAGAGAAAGUGGAACAAAAUAAGGCGGAGAAAACUGCUGAUUGUUACGUAAACUUGGGAAAUGUCUAUAUGAAUGGACGUUCGGACUUCGUUAAGGCUUUAGAAUACUACAGAAAAGCCUUGCAGAUGUACGAGGAGGCUUUUCCCGGUCAGCUGCCAUUAACAAUAGGAAAUUUGAUGACAAACAUGGCCCUCUGUCACAGGAAGAUGAACCAACUUGACGAAGCUGAAAAACUGUAUAAACGAUCGCUGGAGAUAAAAGUGAAUGCAGUGGGAGAAGAUCAUCCGAGCACAGCUGUGGCUAACUUGAACUUGAGUACACUCGAAGUUAUACGCAACAACUUUACCAAGGCUGAGGAGUACUGCAGAAACGCCUUAAGAAUCUAUGAGGUAAAUGAAUAUCCAAGUCACCUCAAAGAGAUAAUCAUGGCAAGAGAGAACCUGGCGCUCAACCUAGCUAGGCAUCAAGGCAGACAAGAGGAGAGCCUCCCUUAUUACUGGCCGGCGUUCAAUGCUCUCGUUGAAAAGAAUGAAAUGGACCGUUGUCUGCCAAGGCUGCACGCUGAGAUUGCCCGCUACUGUUUGGAGAAGGGUCGCUAUGAUGAUGCCAGGAAGAUAACCAUGGCGAUGCUGAAGAGUUCGGUUGCGUGCGACAGAAACUACAUCCACCUUCACUUCUUAGACUCAAAGCUCCCAGAGGACCAAAGGCCGGAGCAUCCUAAAGAAUAUAGUUUGGAACAUGCUAUCUCAAUCUGGCCGUUCUCAAAAGGCUUGGUUGAGUAUACCGCGGAAUUGCACAUGAUACCGCGCGAUGACAAGGAAGGUUUCCUGCGAAUGAUUGAGAACUAUCAUACUUCCACUGAGGGGACAGAAGGGGACGAGUUCUUCAAACAAGCAGCUGGCUGGUGUGGACCUGAAAAGAGAGAUCUGAUAAUGGAGGUUCUGCACAUGGGAUUGAAAUACUUCCCAAGCAGCAAGAUAUUGUUGUGCAAUGUAAUACUAUACAUGCGAGAGGACAAUCAAGUUUGUGACGCUGUCCCGUUUGCAGAACGACUCUACGAGAGUUCCAUGGAUGAAUGUAGGUUCCAAAUGUUUGCCUCAGAGACAGUUGCCAUGGCAGCUAGAUUUGAUCUCGCGAGAAAAUUUCUCUCUGAGAUAAAGGUUAGAUGGAGCAACGAGGAUGGAAUUUCAGAAAAGGUGGAAAACGUUCUCAAGGUUUUAGAUUCAGCUGAGGCAGAAACCAAAUAAGCACCAGUAAACAACGAAGAAUUAUCUACACCAGAAUCUAAAGUGUCACCAUCCGGAGAAACGGAAGAAAAACAGAGCUAACUCAAGGGAUAUCCGACCUUCAGAGUGCUCGAAGAUAAAAUAUCUUUUUCCUAACUUUGGAAACCACAGACGUACAUGUAUAAAGGCACUGGAACUAACUCUGGCCAGAACUGAGCAGAUCCUGGAAAUAUGUAUGGCAUUUAGCCUACUCACAAAUGUUGAUUGAACAACAUACUACACGUGGUCGUCUCGGAAUUAUUCUUGAUGCGACUGGCUUCCCGUAUGGGUUGUAGGUGAAAUAACGAUCACUUUAUAUUCGAAAAGGUCAGGGUAGGAAAUGUCAGGUUACACAACGCGGCUUUGUUGUUGUAAUUAAUCCCCUCAUAUGGCGACAUCGGUAGGAAAUACCCAAUCCCAUGUUUCUAUUUGUAGACGAGUACGUAGCAAUGUACUCUUAUAAAGUUAAUAAAUA